CGUAAACAUGGAUGCUGAGACACAUGUGAGAGCAGACCUUCUCACCUUCUGGACUAGACUAUAUUCAUAGUCUUCAUCCCUAAGCCAGCCAGCUCAGCAUUUCCAUAAACAAUGGAACGAGCAAUGGAGGGUCCACUAAAGACGAUACGCUUCUCUCUUAAUGGAAAGGAGGUGGAAUUGAAUGGUCCCAGUUCUCAAGCAAGCCUGAAUGAUUGGAUAAGGGCACAGCCUGGACUAACUGGGACAAAGAAAAUGUGUGAUGAGGGCGGCUGUGGGUGUUGUGUAGUAUCUCUCACCAAGACUGACCUUUUAACCAAAAAGCAAGUCACAAUAGCUGUUAAUUCUUGCUUGUGUCCUUUGUAUUCCAUUAAUGGAUGUUCAGUUACUACAGUUGAAGGAAUUGGAAGGUAACCAUAUUUUAUAGAGCUGUUGCAUGGAAGUAAUCAACAGGAGGGUGUGGCUAAAAUUGAGCUAAAUUGUCCGCCAUGUUGGGUGGCAAGAAGGCCAAGAAUG